GUACGUCUGUGUGUGCUGGAGGGAAAGGGAGAGACAGAGGGAGGGAGAGACAGAGAGGGAGAGAGGAACAGAGGGAGGGAGAGCAAUGUGCCUUUCACAGAGCUCAGAGCUUGAUGGGAAUGUCUGAUUAGCUCCUCUCUGAAAGAGAAAAGGUGUCCAGGCCUCCCUCCACUGCCUGCCUCUCCUUCUGUAGAAUAAUGUUAGCUGGAGUUUGGGGUACAGAAAAGCUUGGAAAAAAUAGCACUCUCAUACUGUGUGGAGAAAAGGAAUAAAAAGUUGCACACCUCAAGCAAGUGCUUCUUAGUGACACAUCCAGAUUUUGUUUUACUCGCCAUGAAGGCCAUAGUCAUUGCAACCUUCUUUGGUGUGUUUCUUAUAUGUACAUAUGCAGCUAAAGAAGCCACAAAGAAGAUGAAAAAGGCUAAGCUAUAUGUACCUCAGAUCGAUUGCGAUGUCAAGGCGGGGAAGAUAAUCAAUCCAGAAUUCAUUGCAAAAUGCCCUCCUGGAUGUCAAGAUGUAAAAUACCGUGUUUAUGGCACAGACAUUUACGCUUCCUUUUCCAGUGUGUGCAGUGCUGCAAUUCACAGUGGUGUAAUCGACAACGCAGGCGGGAAGAUUCUUGUCCAGAAAGUCGCUGGCCACUCCGGUUACCGUGGGAGCUUCUCCAAUGGGGUCCGGUCCCUGUCACUGCCACGCUGGAGGGAGUCCUUCCUUGUGUCAGAGGGCAAGCCAAGAAAAGGUGUGACAUAUCCAUCAACUCUUGAAUAUUCUUCUUCAAAAAGCACAGCUGUUAAAUCAGAUCCUAAAAAGCCAGAGCAAGACCUAAAAGCUAUGAAGAGUACAGAUACCGCUAAUGCAUCAGAAAAAGCAUCAGAACAAGGGGAUGCAGUCCACAAAGAGUAUCAGACAUCUCCGGUGCCGACACCAGCUACACAAAUGGCCACCACAACCCCAACACCAACAACCACAACGACAGAUCCUUCCACCACAACACCAAAGCCAACCACAACAUCUGCAACAACCAGAACCACAACAGUUGCAGCUGCAGCCAAGACUCGAGCAGGACUCGAGCAUAGGGUCAGAGAUAUAGGUUCUAGCAGCAUCCACCCAGCAUACUCAUCUGUGGUAGCUGCAGCAUCAAGACAGGUUCAGGCUGCACAAGGAAGAGGACAGAAUACAGCAUUUAGGGGAGCUUCCACCUCUGCAAGUAACAGGAAUAUUUUACGACCCAAUACAGAUCAUGCAGGUACUCAGCACCAAGAGCCUGUUGCCGCCUUCUGGAGGGCCGCCGGCUCUCCAGCCCACCUGGCAAUGGAAACAGACUCGUGGAAACCUGGAUUGAGCCUUUUUGACACAGGCUUCAGUUCAAAGGAAGAAUGGAAUCCAAAGCCACUGGAAUCCACCUCCCAGGGGAACCCAAAUUGCAAGAUUGAUUUGUCCUUCUUGAUGGAUGGGAGCUGGAGCAUUGGUAGACGCCGCUUUCAGCUCCAGAAGCAGUUCCUCAGUAACAUGGCUCAGGCCCUUGGCAUUGGCAGCGCUGGUCCUCUGAUGGGCAUCGUUCAGUACGGCGAUGACCCUUCCACAGAAUUUAACUUAAGAACUUAUGCUAAUUCCAAAGAUCUAAGAAAUGCAAUUGAGAAAAUCCCACAGAAGGGUGGACUUUCCAAUGUUGGGAAGGCACUUUCAUUUGUUAACAAAAACUUUUUUUCGGAUGCUAAUGGAAAUCGAGGUGGAGCACCCAACGUGGUUGUAGUGAUGGUGGAUGGGUGGCCGACUGACCGAGUGGAGGGAGCCUCCAGGCUGGCCAGAGAAUCAGGGAUCAACAUUUUCUUUGUCACUAUUGAAGCAGCUGCUGAAAGUGAGCAGCAGAACAUUAUCGAACCAAACUUUGUGGACAAGGCAGUGUGCAGGACAAAUGGUUUCUAUUCCAUCAACGUGCCCAGCUGGUUCAGCCUACACAGGCUGGUCCAGCCCUUGGUGAAGCGGGUCUGUGACACCGAUCGGCUGGCUUGCAGCAAGACGUGCCUCAAUUCAGCCGACAUUGGUUUUGUCAUCGAUGGCUCCAGCAGCGUCGGCACCAGCAACUUCCGCACAGUCCUGCAGUUUGUAGCCAACAUCAGCAAAGAGUUCGAGAUUUCGGACACCGACACCCGCAUCGGAGCUGUUCAGUAUACCUACGAGCAAAGGCUGGAGUUCAGCUUUGACAAGUACAGCACAAAGCAGGAUGUGCUGAGUGCUAUUAAAAGGAUCAGUUACUGGAGUGGUGGAACCAGCACGGGAGCAGCUAUCAGCUACGCCUCAGAGCAGCUGUUCAGCAAAUCCAAACCCAACAAAAGAAAGAUCAUGAUUCUCAUUACAGAUGGCAGGUCUUAUGACGAUGUCAGAGUGCCAGCCAUGGCCGCUCACCAAAACGGAGUUAUAGCUUACUCCAUUGGAGUUGCUUGGGCAGCCCAAGAUGAACUGGAAGCCAUUGCAACAGACCCCGAUACGGAGCAUUCCUUCUUUGUGGAUGAAUUUGACAACCUCUACUGCUUUGUUAAUCAGCUCAUCCAAAACAUUUGCACAGAAUUUAAUUCCCAGCCACGGAACUGAUGGACUCAAGCAAGGCGGAACCCUCAGGCGCCAUGCUGAAGGCACGCCAAGUGCCACAGGAGUAAUGCCAGCCCUCGGUUCAAGAAACACUGGAGGUGUUUUUCCUUAGCGCUUUCCAGUCAGCAAGGUUGAUUGCAGCUCUGUCCCUAUGCAUGAUAACGCGCUGUGUAGACUGUUGAUUUUUUUUUCCUUUUUUUCUUUUCCCCCUCUCCUUGCAGGCUUCAGAAACUCUGAUUUGGAUGGUUAGCAAACGAGGCAGUAAACUUGGAGGAAAUAACUGGAUCUGUUUGAAAAGCUGCUUCCAGCAGAGAGGCCCGGCUUGCCCGAGUCUUACCUUUGGGCACACACAGGCUCCUUAAAAUGGACCACCUGCUUCCCCAAAUGGCCAGGUCCUUUGAGGGAGCAGCCACGCUGCUUAGCUGCUGUGGCAGAAGCACCUCUGCAUGGCACUGCCCAACGGUCAGCACCCAGGUCAGGGCUGAGACACCAGACACUUGUUUUUUGGUUUUUUUGUUUGUUUGUUUGUUUGUUUUUUUGGGGGCGCCCCACUCAAAUUUGAGUACCUUCUUAAGAGCAGGCACUCUCUGUACAGCUGUUUUACCAACAGGUUAAGCUUUAGCUACUGUUAACUCAAGCGUUGAGAUUUAUCCAAACCCAGAGACUGGAAAGCAAGCAAGAGGAAAAAGUCAGGCUAAGCUCUGGGACCCUACAGCCAUUAGUCAACCCCAGUAAAGCCCCAGAUCCACAAAGCAGCCAACAUGUAGGAGACUAGAUUCCGGUUCCUGCAGCACUGCAUUAAUAUUUGAUUUUGAGAAGUGUCUUGUCCCCUUAGCUCACUUGCUCUCCUCUUGUGCGGCUCAAGGCCUGCAGCAGAGCUACCACCCAGAGACGACUUUGAGAAAAUUGUGGGUUUAAGUUGCUCGCAGUCAGAAGUGCAUUUAAGACCCACUGCUCUAUCAUUAAACCACAGUUCAGAACAGCUUUCAGCAGUCUCUAGUGUGAAGAGAGCUAUUCAAGAGCCAUUAACAGGAUUUAAGAGGGAAUCAUCUUGAGUUCUGUAUUAAUCAUGGGAAAAGCAGCAUUUCAAGCAUUUACAGACACCCUCUCCCAAAUUUGGGAUUGACUUCUGUUUUACGGAUUGAUUUCAAAAUGAACCUACUACAGCCCUGGAUUAUUCAAAACAUGUGGUUGUUUCUUAAGUGAAGAACUAUCCAUAUCACUAGUCAGUAAGGGAGGAGUGGCAUAUUAAGAAGGUCAAAAGAACUGCACUUGAAUUCGGAAGCAGCAGUUGCUGGUUAUGUUUCCAUCCAGUACAAUUUAAGAAAACAUGUUCAUUAAGCAGUUAUCAAAGGAAAGGGAUGGGGUUUCAGAGCCAAUAAAAACGUGCGUGUUCAUGCACCUUACGGCAAUUACAGCCACACCGCAUCAGGCUUGUGAAACUAACAGGAAAUGGGAAGAAAUUAAAACUCAAACUUCACAUCUUACAAAUUAGACUUUUAAUAGCCCUCAUUGUUUUAAUAAACACCAUCACCCAGGAUGUUUGUUAGUCACAUAAAAAAAUUAACUGAAGUAAAUUGCCAUAAGGGAGACUCCUUUUUGUCAACAAAAGUAGCAGUCUCUGAAAUUGUUGUGUUUGGAAGUAUGACUGAAGUAGCUCAAAAGUCACCAGCGAAGCAAGCAUAAUGCAGAUGAUUAAAUGACUAAUGAGAAUGGGAGAUUCUGCUUGAUCUCCCUGGUGUGGUAACAUAAGCCAGGAUAGGGUCCUCUCAAGAGAUUAUCAAAACCAAUCCUGGAUGAAACAAUGGUUUUACACAGAGAAGGUUCAGAUCUUCCUCUUAGAAAUAUUCAGUUCCACCUUCAACCGAACAUCAUCAAUAUAAUAAUGCUACCCAGAGAGAAGACACAGGGCACUGCCAACUUCCAAAAAAAAGCAAAACAAAGACAUAAAAUAUAUUUGUAUGUAGAAUUUUUAAACACUAAUCUCUGCUGCUGCACUUUCACAGCAAUAGCCUCUUGGCUUGAAAAACAUAACCGAUUAAGCAUAGAGUUAGGCAGAAGCAGAGCAACCCCUGAUAUCCCACCGUGUCCUGACCCACCUCCCUAUCAUUCUGCUGAAAGCAUCUUUCUUGGUCAACAAGAGACAUUAUAUGGGCUCGACAAAUCUCAAAUGCUAGCUGAGAAAAAGGCCUAAGUCUUAACUUUUAGCUACUCUUAAUAUUGUGGUUUAAUUUUUAAUGCAACAGCUUACCACCACAUAUUGUUUUCCAUACUGGUGGUAUCCUUGCAGCAUGGAAGACUGGUGCUCUGCAGGGACUCCCCUCUGCUGAAAGCACAGCGCAGACAGCCGAGACAUCAGGAACAGUUAGAGCCAUACACGUCCUUUAGGAUACACAUUUUCGUUUCUUCUGAAAGCUUAAACUUUAAGCAAUGUCACUGAGCUUUCAAAUGCUCUUUCACAGGGAAGUUGCACAACUAUCUUCUGUCUCAAGCAUUUACAAAGGGCAUUUUGGAGUUUGUUGUUGUUUAAAUGGUUUGUCUUAAGCUUACAGAACAACUAUGGCACUCGUUUGCCAAUAUGCAUUUUUAUUAACCUCUCGGGAUGACCUUGAAAUUGUUGGAUUUCAACGUGUGAAAGUGGUUUAACGUUUAAUCCGACUCUCAUCUAAACUUAGAUGUCCUAUUCAUAAACACUGUAGACUUAAGCAUGAGCCUCAAAACUUGUAAGAAUACACUCUUAUAUUAACAAAAGCAAGGGAGUGGAUCAGCACAGAACAUACUCCUUUUAACCUUUAUCUUUCAUAGCAAUCAAAAUAUUUGCCAUGUAUUAAAGGUUUCUGAAUACUGCUUUAUUGAGAAACAAACUUACAAAUCUUCAUAAAUGUUUCGGGGUAUAUUUGUUUGAAGAACGCAGCAGAACUUCUGUAACAUAUGCAAGCUAUUUUUAGCUUAUCAAUACAAGUUGCUAUAUCUUUUGCAAUAAAAUUGUCCCAGAGA